AUGGAUAACAAAGAUACACCCGAGAAGAACGACACGUGCUAUUUUGAAGAUGUUGCCAAGGUAGAGAGCGCAUCGCCACCACUCGAUUCCGAUGAUGAUCCCAAGAUGACGGUUCGUCGCUUCAUGCCGUUGGUUGCCAUGGCCUUCCUCUGGACUGGCUCGCAGAUUCCACUUUACCUCUAUGGUGCCAUUCCGCCUUACAUAUAUGGCGACAUUGGUGGUGUUGAUAGGUGGAUCUGGUUCGUCCUGGCAAAUUUGCUGGCAUUGGCCUCCGUUUGCCCUUUCGUUGGAUCCCUCUCCGACCUAUUCGGACGACGAUACACCGCUAUCAUGGGAGCUAUCUUCCUGAUCAUCGGCAACAUUAUCACAUCGACAUCCCACACCAUGAACAUUUUUAUUUGCGGCAUGGCAUUAGCUGGAAUUGGAGCUGGUAUCCUGGAACUGACUGCUCUUGCUGUGACCUCCGAAAUUGCUCCAACCAGGAAACGAGGCAAAUACAACGCUUGGAUGAUUUUUACCAUUGUGCCCUUUUGCCCAUCUGUGCUUUGGGCACAGUGGGUGGCUCACUAUGGUAGCUGGCGCUACAUAGGCCUCUGGUGCGCCGUAUGGGCCUUCAUCGGCUUGGCUCUGACUUUCGUCUUCUACCAUCCUCCUCCGCGUUCGAACACAUCUGGGCUCUCCCGGAGAGAGGUUCUGAAGCGAAUUGACUACGUUGGCGGUUUCCUGUCUAUUUCCGGGCUUUUACUAUUCAUGGCUGGCUUGCAAUGGGGAGGUUACAACUACCCUUGGACUUCGGCUCAUACCUUGGCGCCUCUACUCAUAGGUGCUGCACUUGUCGCUGCAUUCGUUGUGUGGGAGGCCAAGUUCGCGGCUUAUCCGAUGUUUCCAUCAAGUAUCAAGCGAGAGCCGAGAAUCCUGUUGUUGACCCUGAUCAUUACGUUCAUCUCCGGCGCGAACUUCUUCUCCGUCCUGCUAUUCUGGCCCACGCAAUCUUACAAUGAGUAUGGGCAUGAGCCAACCGCCGUUGGGGUCCGCAACAUCACCCUCGGGUUCUCAAUCUUGGCUGGCGCGUGCAUCGUUCUCGCCCUACUUACCUACACGCGCGGCCACAUCCGCCUCCUGAUGCUCGGAUCCUGCAUCUUCAUGACGGCGGGCGGCGGUGCUAUGGCUGCUCUGCGCACCGACAACAUCUGGCUCGUCUACGUUGUCCUCACCAUCGCCGGCCUGGGAAUCGGAGGAAUCGUUGUUCCAGCAAGCAUCAUUACCAACAUCAUCUGUCCGGAUGAGUUGAUCGCAACAGUGACGGCCUUGACUUUGGCCAUCCGCGUGCUUGGAGGUGCCAUUGGUUACUGCAUAUACUAUAACGUCUUUGCCCAGAAGUUUGCACACGCCGCGGCAGAUCUCAUCCUCGUUCCAACCGCAGCUGUAACACUACAGACCAAGGAUCCGGAGGUUUUGAAGAAGGUCGUCGAGAUUACGGUUGCCGGGUUACUGGACUUGUUCUACGAGUUCCCCAACAUUACGGACGCGCAGGUUCAAACUUUGGUUCAUGCUGGGCAAGAGACGUAUGCUUACGCGUAUCCGUAUGUGUACUAUGUUUCCAUAGCGUUUGGCGGUAUUUCAAUCAUCUGCAGCCUUUUCCUUGGCAACAUCAAGAAAUACAUGACAGACAAGGUUGCGGUCAGCAUGUAG